UUCAAACAAGUGUGUAAGUGAACACGGUACAUAAACUAGCUCAGCCAAGGAAUGAAGCAAAAUUAUAGUUUAAGCAGAUUUGAAACUCCAUGAUCAAUUCAAGAGUUAAACAAGCUACCAUAACUCUUCGAACACUCAGAAUUCACAAUCUUGUACGAUUCAGAAUCCCAAUUUUUCAAUCCCAACCAUAUCACAGUCAUCAUCGUUCUCACAGACACAAUUCAAAAUCUUCAGCUGAAACUCAAAAGCCUCAUAACACCACAAGAAACCUUCUUCGCAAACCAAUACAACUCCUUGCAGACCUCAAACAAAUCCAAGAUCCUGAUGAAGCUAUUUCACUCUUCCAUUAUUAUCAACAAAUGGGGUUCAAACAUGACUACCCAACUUAUUCUUGUCUUGUUUAUAAGCUCGCAAAGUCUCAAAAUUUUGAAGUUGUUGAAUCCCUUCUUGGAUAUCUCCAAACUCAUCAUAUUCGGUGUAAAGAAACACUUUUUAUUGGGUUAAUUCAACACUAUGGGAGAGCAAAGUUAGUUGAUAAAGCUGUUGAGCUUUUUCACAAAAUUGGGUCGUUUAAUUGUUCGCCUAGUGUGCAGUCUUUUAAUGCAAUUCUGAAUGUGCUUGUUGAUAGUGGACGUUCUGAAGCUGCUAAUGAGAUGUUAAGGAGUUGUUCGAAAAUGGGUAUCUGUUUAAAUUCUGUUUCGUUUAACAUUAUUAUCAAGAUGUGGCUGAAGAAGGGUGAUUGGGAAAUGGCUCGCCAACUGUUUGAUGAAAUGCUUGAAAGAGGGUUCGAGCCAACCGUGGUUACUUACAAUUGUCAAAUUGGGUUUUUGUGUAAGAAGGGGAAUGUUGAAGAUGCUAAAAGUCUGUUUCAGGAUAUGGUUAGAAAGGGAAAGAAGGCAAAUGCAGUGUCUUAUGCUUUGCUGAUGGAAGGUUUAUGUUCUUUAGGGAAGUAUAAGGAGGCUAAGAAGUUGAUGUUUGAUAUGGAAUACCAAGGAUGUAAGCUGAAAAUAGUCAAUUAUGGUGUUUUGAUGACUGAUCUUUUGAAACGAGGGAAAAUUGGUGAAGCAAACAGUUUACUUGUGGAGAUGAAAAAAAGGGGCAUUAAAUUUGACAUUGUGAUCUAUAACAUGUUGAUUAAUUAUUUUUGUAAAGAAGGUAAAACCGCUGAGGCGUAUAGGAUGUUAGUUGAUAUGCAAAUUGCAGGCUGCUGUCCUAUUGCAAUUACAUACAGAAUGGUGGUUGAUGGAUUUUGUAAAACAGGAGAAUUUGAGGAAGGUUUGAAAGUUUUGAAUGCAAUGUUGAUGAGCAGGCAUUUUCCACGUAUGGAAACAGUAAGGUGUUUGAUUCUUGGUCUGCUUGAUAAAGGGAAGGUUGAAGAUGCUUGCUUUGUUUUGGAGGAGAUAGAGAAGAGGAAGAAAAAGUUCAAUUUUGAUUCAUGGGAAGUCAUUGUCAAGGAUUCUUGCACUAGUGAUAGGAGUGUAAGCCAGCUCUUAGAUGAGCUUGUAUUUUAGCUAUUCGAUUUAGAUCCAUUCCUUUGUCAAAUCUAAGAAUAGAUAACCGCAUAAGACAGUGACAUGAUUCUUGGUUUAUAGAGUUGGGCAUGCUUAAUGGAAGCAAUUUCACUUCUCAAUAUCUGAUUGAAAUUUUUAUGGACACUGUAAACGAAAUCUCUGGAUGUAUUAACUUAAUUUUUUUGGUGAUAUCAUCUUGUUUUCCCGUUUAAUAAUUUGAAACAGAGAAGUUACUUUAUUUGUUUCAAUCUAACCAGCUGAUAUUUGGUAAUCAUUGUACUGAGUAAUCCAAGUUUGUGCAGCAUAGAUUCCAUUUAAGGAUAAUUUCAAGAAGGGCUUUUUUGCUUGAAACAAAGAAGGUACUUUCAAUAGAAGCUUUUCUCCUCUGAAAUAAUCUUUUAAGAACAUUUGUUUGUACCCAGUUCGGUAUUUUGGUUGCAGUUUUAGUCAUUAUUUUGUUUUUCUGCUUAUGCUCUCUUCUACGUGAUCGUUAUGUAUUUGUGAUUUCAACUGAACAACAUAAUUUUGAGAGAUUGAAGGAGGUUUAAUCUGCAAUCUUAUAUAUAUGUGUUUAGGUAUUCUUAUAAUGAACUACAUUUCCAACUAAACCUACAGCUCAACUGAAAAGAAGGGGACAGCAAAAACAAUCAAUCAAAAAGCAAAAGAAGAUAAACAAGAAAGGAAAAGGCUACUACUAACGUGCAGAAAACUACAUCUAAUAUUGUUCAACAGGGAAAAGAACCAACACUCUUGGCAGUCCAAUAGUGAAAGAAGGAACACAUUCUAUAACAAAUAUGACAAAUCAAGAGGAAGAUUAAAACGAACCAAGCACUGCAGCCAAUACUACUGUCAAAGUAGGAUGAAUCCAAAGAGAACAACGUAUCAAAGGAUACGAUCUGCAGAAAAUCUUCACUCAAGCACUUCGUAUAAGUAGCAUAGAAUGAACAAGUUGUUACCUGCAAGAUCAGUGUAGAUGGACUAAUGGAGAAACUCAGUGUUUAGUAUUAAUAGUGUAAACGAAGACAAAACACAACUUGAGAAUGUCAUUGUAGGAUUCCUUGAGGGAUGUUACUACUUCUUCCAACAUACCCUAAUCUUUAAUCGAUGACUUUAAUGUAAUCACAUGAUGAUACAGAAAAAAGUGUCCUUUGACAAAGCAUACACAAGAUUACAAGUUUCCCUUUCAUAAAUUAUAUGGUAGACUGAUGUUUGUUGGAUGUUGUGUUUUCUGGUUCCCCUUUCACUUGGUGUAGUGGAAGGACAUCAAAAUAUAUUAUAUGAAAAAGGUUGGAUAGAGUGUUACUUAACCAUGAAUAGUUGAGUUUCUUCCUAAAAACUUAGGUAAGUCAUGUGAAAUAGAACACGGUCUGAUCAUUCCCCUAUGUUAAUCACCCUAUAGGUACAACAGAUCAAAAGGCGAAGACAAGUUUCUCACUCUAUGGAUCGAACAACCUGAUUUUUCAAACGUUGUGAGGAAUGCAUGACAACAGGAGGUUCAAGAUAAUCCUUUAUGGUCGUUUUGUUUAAGAAUGCGGAGAUGAUACAACAUCUGAAGUUGAAAUUCUCUUUUUGGAGUCAAAAGUCUGGUUUCAGAUAGAUAAUUACGGAAAACCUAAGCACCAAGUUCUUUCACUCAUUAUUAGUUAAUAGAAGAAGGAGAUUGACACUAGACUUGAUGAUUUCAAUAUUAAGUUUUAUUAGGUCUUGUUAGCAUAUACUUGAAGGGGACAUUUUGAUUAAUAAAGCCCGUUAAUAUUGCUAUCUCUCACAUACACAUGUCUUGUUCUUCUUCCAAAGCUCAAAACCUUACGCUACUAUGUCGGACUUAUGGCCAAUCAGUUGAAGAAAUGUGUUUUUAAAAUUUCUGCACAGCAGAUUAAUCUCACUGGUAUCAAAUUAAUCACUCAUAAUCAAUCAGGUCUGAAGUCUGAUAAAGGGUAGGUCUAUAAGUAAAAUUAUUAUGUAGGCCCAUGAGUUGGUAGAUAAUAUUUCAAGUUUGUGUUCAAAUUGGACAUCUCUAAAGCUUACGAUAAGGUGUGCUGGUGUCACACUCUUAGAGCCUUCGAAUUUGACGAAAGGUGGAUACAUAUCAUAAUUGAUAUCAUAUAUCUGUUAUUUAGGAUUGACUUUAUAACUCAUCAAGAAAGCUGAUACAGGGUAAUUCCUUAUGAAAAGGCACCACUGAUCACUCAUUCGUUACGAGAUAAACGAUGCAGUGUUUCUGGACAAAUGAUUAACAAGGAGAAGUCUUCAUUCUUUAGGCUUCUCAGAACAUGAUUCAGGGAAUCAAGAUAUUGACAACAUUUCAGCACUAAAUUUCCCUUUACAUAUCUUGGAAGGAAGAAGAUUUACUUCCUCAAUAAUAUGAUCAACAAAGUUACCAACAGAGUCCAAGGAUGGUAUAAGGAUGAUUUUGGUAUGGAUGAAAAUAUUUUCUAGAAAAAUAAGUGUUUUCUUACUUAUUUUGUUGUGUUCAGUAUGCAAGUAAAAAGUAUUUUCCGAAGAGUAUUCGGAGUAUUUGUGUAUAUCUAAGACAAAACUAUGAGGAUGGGAUGCGCAGUGGCGGAACUAUGUGGGUGCUUUGAAGUGAAAUUGUAAAAUAUGUGUUAACAAUGAGAUUUGAACCUUGGUACAAUAACACUAAAAGAGUUUUAAGUA